CCCGGCCCCGCCUCGCCGCGCCGACACGCCCCGCCCCCGCCCAAACCUCGCGGAUCUCGCCUCGCCGCAGCUCCACCUAGUAACAAUGAAUAGACGCGUCCUACCGCUCCUCCUCCUCCUCCUCGCCCUCUCCGUCCUCGCCUCACUCCUCCUCGCCGCCGCCGACCAGGUUGCCGAUGGCGCCGCGAGGAACGGCACCGGCACGGGCACCGUCCGCCUGGACCGCCGCACCAAGAUGCUCCUCCACACUGCACGGGAGCGCGGCGGCGGCGCGACGGGGGUGGAGGGCGCAGGGCUGGGGCUCUUCGACGCCUUCUUCGCGAGCUUGUCCAUGAUCGUCGUCAGCGAGAUUGGCGAUGAGACGUUCAUCAUUGCAGCGCUGAUGGCGAUGCGGCACCCCAAAUCGAUAGUGCUCUCGGGGGCACUGUCGGCUCUGGUUGUUAUGACAGUAUUGUCAACUGGGCUGGGCAGAAUUCUUCCAAAUUUGAUAUCAAGGAAGCACACUAACAGCGCAGCAACUGUCCUCUACGCAUUCUUUGGGCUACGGCUGUUGUACAUUGCUUGGAGAUCAGAUUCCAAGGCGUCACAGAAGAAGGAAAUAGAAGAAGUAGAGGAAAAGCUGGAAGCAGGUCAAGGGAAGUCAACAUUUAGACGCAUCUUCUCCAGGUUCUGUACUCCUAUUUUCUUGGAGUCCUUUGUGUUGACCUUCUUGGCGGAGUGGGGUGACCGAAGUCAGAUAGCUACGAUUGCGCUGGCGACGCACAAAAAUGCGAUCGGUGUUGCUACGGGAGCAACCUUGGGGCACACCAUCUGCACAUCGUUCGCUGUGGUGGGCGGCAGCAUGCUGGCGUCCAAGAUAUCUCAGGGCACGGUAGCAACCAUCGGCGGCUUCCUCUUUCUUGGCUUCUCUCUAUCGUCGUAUUUCUACCCGCCAUUGUAAUAGCACCCUGCCCUGACUGUCAUUCUUCCAGUUGCUGCCUGCUGCUAGCGCCUAUAUGUUUGUUGUUCAGUCACUCCCUAACCUCCGUGCCCUCCCCUUCUCACGUUUGCCAUCAUCUGGUCCAGUGAUCCUUGGCAUGGGAUUUUUUUUUUUGUUAUACCAUUAUACACGGAUAUGUGAAGUGGGGAUACGAUCAAUGGCAAUGUAUACUAUACUAGUCACGAUUUCAAAAGAAAAGAAUGUGUGUCCUGAA